AUGUGUACUCCAGACUUACCAAAAGAGUUUAAAAAAUCAUCUGAAGUAUUGCCAUUUUCAAAAUAUGGAGUUUCAUCACUUGAAGAAUUCAAACUAGCGGAAGAGCAGGUACAACAUUUAGAAUGGCUAAAGAAAGCUGGUUUGACCAAUGAAGAAGUUAAGUUAUAUCAGGAUAAUGAAGCAGGACUUCUUGAGCAACAGAGUAAAUCUGAAUCCAGUAUAUUAAAGCAGAAACUUCAAUUAUUGUACAGAAAAAUUAAUGAAUUUCAAGAGAAUAAAGACGGCUCAGAUAAAAAUGAAGAUCCAGUACCCAGUACUUCAACUAAUAGUGAAUCUAAUCAAAAGAAUACAAUAAAUUUUUACCCGGAAGGCCAUCCAAUGAAUGAGCUCAAAAAAAUUGAGGAAAGUCUUUUUGGCCAUUUAAGAAAUGAUGACAUAUUGCCAAUUACUAAACGAAGAAAAAUCUUACGAAGGUUGGACCGAAAAAAGGAAAGGAUUUUGUCUCAACAAAAAGAACUGCAUAUAGAUCCGAUACCAUGUUCUUCAAAGGCUAAAUUGGGCAGUUUGUGGGAUGUGAAAGAUAUACCAGAUAGACUUAAAGAGCCACCAAGCAAAAGACCUCUUAUUGGCCCAAAAAAACAGACUAUGUAUACCGUAAAGGAUAAUAAAAUUGUAAGAUUGGAGCAGGAAAGUCAGGAGGAGUUCCGGGCAGUUGACAUUGUCCUACCACAAAAUCAGGCAGAGGAACAAUUGUUAGAAGGAACUAAGAUGAGUCUUGACGAUAUUAAAAGUAUUGAACGGUUCAAAGAUUAUAAACCUGGGAUUCCAUCAAAGGUUCUAUACUUGAAGAAUAUUGCACCUUCUGUAAGUGAAGAACAGAUUUCCCUAUUAUUCAAUCAAUUUCAACUUGAAAACGGUGGCCCAAUUGAUGUGCAUCUUCUGAGUGGCCGUAUGAGGGGACAAGCAUUUGUUACAUUUAGAAGUGAAGACUUAGCAAUACAAGCAUUAGACGAAGUCAAUGGUACAAUUAUGUCCGGUCGACCUAUCAUCGCUGAGUUUGGCAGAAACAGCAAUAGAGUACAGAAUGAGAGAUAA